AUGCCUAACCCCCUUUUCCUCAGCGCUGUCAAUACCAACAACAGAGAGCAGGUUGUUUCAGGCAGCCGAGUUGUCAUUGCUGCCAGAUUUCCUUCAGCAGUGGUGACAGUCAUAACAAUCAUACCCAUGUAUAAUUCCGGCGUGGACGUCCCCUGCCUUAGAGUAUCAAUUUUCUCAACGGAAAUAUUGGACAAUGAUACUGACACAACAAUCGCACCACAGGCAAACGCCACUGUGACGCCACAGGCAAACGCCACUGUGACGCCACAGGCAAACGCCACUGUGACGCCACAGGCAAACGCCACUGUGACGCCACAGGCAAAAAACCCCCACUGUGACGCCAAAAGGGAAAAACACCAUUUUAACGCCACAGGCAAAAAACCAACUGUCACGCCCCCCGGAAAAAACACCACUGUCAGGGCCCACAGGCAAACGCCACUGUCACGCCACGGGAAAAAAAGCCACGUCACCCCAAACAGGAAAAACACCAUGCCGGCCACAGGCAAACACCACUUUUCACGCCACAGGCAAAAACCCCAAAAUUUAUCACGCCAAAAAGGAAAACACCACGUCACGCCACAGGCAAACACCACUGUCCCGCCACAGGCAAAACCCCCACGGUCACCCCCCACAGGAAAAACCCCACUGUCACGCCCCCAGGCAAACCCCACUGUCACCCCAAAAGGCCCCAAACCCCCCAACUGCCCCACGCCACAGGAAAAAACCACUGUCACGCCACAGGAAAAACACCACGGUACCCCACAAAACAAACGCCACGCCCACGCCACAGGAAAAACCCCACGUCAGCCAAGGAAAAAACGCCACGUCAGCCACGGGCAAACCCCAAAAUGUAACGCCACGGGGCCAAACACCACGGGUUCACCCCACAGGAAAAACACCACUGCCCAGCCACGGCAAACACUACGGUCCCCGCCACAGGAAAAAACCAACUUUUCACGCCAAAGGCAAACCCCCACUUCCCCGCCACAGGCAAACACCACGGGUACGCCACAGGAAAAACCCCACUUUCAGGGCCACAGACAAACCCCACGGGCACCCCACAAAACAAACGCCACUGCCCACGCCACAAGAAAAACCCCACUGUCACGCCACAAACAAAACGCCCCCUGUCACGCCCAAAGAAAAAACCCCACUGUCACGCCACAAACAAACCCCCCUGCAAACACCAAACCUGUAAACGCCAAGGAAAAAACCACUCAGCACCCACGGGAAAAACCCCCACUGUCACGCCAAGGCAAACCCACUGUCACGACAGGCAAAAACCAUUUCCCCACGCCCCGGGCAAACCCCACUUUCACCCCACGGGGAAAAACCAACUUUCACCCACAGGCAAACCCAUUUUCCCACGGGGGCCCACCCCCCCCAAAACCCAGGCCCCCAAAAACAGAACGGGCACCCCCACAGGCAAACAGCACUGUAAACGCCACGGGCCCAAACACUAGUAAAGCCACAGGCAAACACCACUGUAAAGCCACGGGCAAGCCCCAAUGCAGCCACAGGCAAAACACCACGGAAAAACGCCACGGGCACCCCCAACUGGCAAACACCACUGUCACCCCCGGGGAAACCCAAACUGUCACCCCAAAGGGCAACGUCACUGUCACCCCAACAGGCAAAAACCACUGUCACCCCACAGGCAAACACCAUUUUCAGGCCAAAGGAAAAACACCACUGCACGCCACAAAAAAAAACGCCACUUUCCCCGCCACAGCAAACCCCACUGUGACCCCAAAAGAAAAACGCCACGGGUCCCCGCCACAGGAAAAACACCACUUUUAA